AUGUCUGAAUAAUCAGAAGAGGAAUCAUAGUAAUUAGAGUAAAAGGAAGUGAAUAAUUAGAUGGAGUAAUAGGAGAAUAAGAACGAAGAAUAAUUAUAAUAGAUUCCAUAUGUUCAUAUGUUAAAUAAUAAAUACAAUGUAAGAGAGAAUGUUCAUGCUGGAUCAUGGUAUUCUAGUAAGAGUAAUGAAUUAAAGAUUCAGAUUAAUUGUUGGUUAGAAUAAGCUAAAGCAGAAGUGACAACAGUAGCAUAAUUAAAAGCAUUAAUUGUUCCGUAUUGAUUUAAUCAUAAAAUAAGUCAUGCAGGUUAUGCUUAUUCUGGACCAACAGCAGCCUUCAGUUACAAAUAUUUAAAGAAAUAUCCUCCAUCUGAGAAAUUAAAAGUGUUUAUUCUUGGUCCAUGUCAUUAUGUAUAUAUUACAUAAUGUUGUUUGACGAGAUAAGAAAUUUAUGAAACUCCUUUGGGAAAUAUUAAAGUGGAUUUGGAAAGUAAUUGUUUUGGGUAAGUUUAGCUGUAAAGUAAUUACAUGAGCAAGGUUUGUUUGAAUAAUCAGACAAAGAUGCAGAAGAAGAAGAACAUUCAAUUGAAAUGCAAUUACCUUUUUUAGCUCAUAUUUUAGGUACUGAUAAUUUUACAAUAAUCCCAAUUAUGGUUGGAUCUAUUGAUGCUAAAUCUGAAGAAUAUUAUGGAAGAUUAUUGAGCGAAUAUUUUGAUAUGGAUGAUACUUUAUUUAUAAUAUCUACUGAUUUUUGUCAUUGGGGAACUAAAUUCGCCUACACUUAUUACAACAGUGCAGAUGGAGAAAUAUUUGAAUCAAUAGAAAAAUUAGAUUAAAAAGCUAUGGAACAUAUUGAAUUACAUGAUUUAGAUAAAUUUAAUGAUUAUUUGAGAGAAUAUGAAAAUAAUAUAUGUGGUAAACAUUGCAUAGCUAUUUUAUUACAUGUACAUAUAUAUUUCAUUUAUAUAUAUAGUGUAUAGCAAUGAGUUAAAAUACACAUAUGAUGGAAACUAAGUUUAUUAGAUAUGCAUAAUCAUGUCUAGUAAGAGAUAAGAAAGAUUCUUCAGUGAGUUAUGCAGCAGCUAUCACAUUCUUAGAAGAUUGAGUAGAC